AUGCAGAAACCGUAUCCCGAGUUCGCGAGCCUGCCGGUUGACAAGAAUGGGCCCAGGGGAAAUGCUUGGGGACUUUGGGGUCCGGACGACCAAUUGGGCACUUUGAACCACUUGACAGCUGAGCGCGUGCGUGCUGCUGCUGCGGAAGAGAUUAGGACCGGUGAGCGAGUAAGCUUGAAUUGGUGUCUCGAGGGAGCUAGCAAUCCUCGUUUCCAGUACCCUCGCAAGAACUUGGAGGUUAAGCUCAUGAAUAAGGAGCCUAGAGUGUAUGCCUUUGACGACGAGAUUUCUGACCAGGACGACAGUGGUCAUUCAAUACACAAUGUAGCAGUCAAUGGGAUGGCUGCAGACACUAUGCAUACCAAGAAGAAGCUAUACUACAUGGGCCGCAAAGCGAAAGACUUCACCACCUCAAAAGAGCCCAACAGCAUCCACCCAACCCAUCAAGGCAUAUCACUCUCCUCCAUGCGCCCCGGCGACAUCCUCAUCAUCCGCUCUGGCUACCUCGCCCAAUACGCCAACAUGCCCGCCUCCAAACGCGCCUCCCUCGACACCCUCUACACCACCACCAAACCCUGCAACAUCGGCGUCGAAGCUUCUCCCGAACUCCUGGCGUUUCUGUGGGACAAGCAGAUCGCCGCUGUCGCGGGUGAUAGUCGGAGUUUCGAGGCGUGGCCGGUUAGUGAGGAGAGGAAGGAGUGGCAUUUGCAUCAAUGGUUGCUGGCGGGGUGGGGGAUGCCGAUUGGCGAGUUGUGGGAUUUGGAGCGGUUGAGUGAGGUCUGUGGGAGACUGGCGAGGUGGAGUUUUUUCCUGACGAGUGCGCCGAUGAAUGUGCCGGGUGGAGUGGCGAGCCCGCCGAAUGCGUUGGCGUUUUUUUGA